CCGGAGGGCGGCUUCCUGGCUGUCAAACCGCAGCGGGAGCGAGGGGCACAGGGUGUGGAGUCCUUCUUCGGGGCACCCCGCAAGCGCAAGAGGAGAGGAUUGCUACAGCCUCCCCGGAUAUUCUGCGGCCUGAGGACCCGGCAUCACGGAGGUCCCACAGGACGUCUUCCUGGUUUUGCAUCGCGAAAGGGCUUCUCCGGAAUUGCUUUUGAAGUCUCAUCUUGACAGCCGCUAGCUACAGCGGUUGCAUGCGUGUCCAGGCCUCUGGCGCUCUUGGAAAUCUGUGUUUCUCAAGUUGGCAUUACCCACAGUGGGGCUGCUGACGUCAGACAACUGAACCGAAGCCCCCGGUGCAUGGCCUGGGAGUAGGAGAGGUGAUGAACUGCUGAGAAGCGGUGCAGAGGGGAGCACCCCCCCAUGCUGCCCUGCUUCCAGCUGCUGCGCAUAGGGGGCGGCAGGGGCGGUGAUCUCUACACCUUCCACCCCCCGUCCAGGUCAGGCUGCACCUAUCGGUUGGGCUGCAGGGCUGACCUGUGUGAUGUGGCCCUGCGGCCCCAGCAGGAGCCGGGCCUCAUCUCUGGGGUCCAUGCAUUGCUGCACGCUGAGCUCCAAGGGGACGACUGGCGGGUCAGCCUGGAGGACCACAGCAGUCAAGGGACUUUGGUCAAUAAUGUCCGACUCCCCAGAGGCCACAGGCUAGAGUUGAGCGAUGGUGACCUUCUGACCUUUGGCCCUGAAGGGCAAGCAGGAACCAGCUCCUCGGAAUUCUACUUCAUGUUCCAACAAGUCCGGGUCAAACCUCAGGACUUUGCAGCCAUCACCGUCCCUCGAUCUAGGGGAGAAGCUGGGACUGGCUUCCAGCCUAUGGUGCCCUCCCAGGGGGCACCCCAGCGGCCUCUCAGCACCCUCUCCUCUGCCCCCAAGGCCACACUGAUCCUUAACUCCAUCGGCAGCCUCAGCAAGCUGCAGCCUCAGCCCCUCACCUUCUCCCGGGGUGGUGGCAGACCACAGAGCCUGGCUGUUCCUACGCAGCCUGGAGAAGUGGGAGCCUCACCACCUGCUCCACCCACGAGAAACCGGAGGAAAUCAGUUCACAGAGUGUUGGCAGAGCUGGAUGAUGAGAACGAGACUUCCCUGAGCCCUCUGUCAGUCCUCAUGGAGCCCAGGAAGAAGCUCCGCCUGGAGAAAGCUGCCUUGGUGUCCAGUGGGAGGGAUUAACCACAUUGCUACAGACUGACUAAAGGCUGGGGAACCCUCACGGCUGAUGUGACAAAAGAGAGAGAUGGUUUCCUGCUAAGGAUGUUGCUGCCUUCAAGUUACCAGUGAGCUGGAAUGCCCAGUAACAAGGAAUCUAGCCCUGUUCCCAUGGACGCCUGAGUAUCUGCAGCUAGAGCAAUCAUCGCAGAAACCACCCGCAGACUUCCUUAUGUCAUGGCUAGCGCUGUCUGAGUCUCUGAGUGGCUUUCCAUAGCCUUGCCUUUAUAACAAAAUAAACUGCUUCAUCCACA